AUGGAGGUAUCAAAGGGACGCCGGAAGUCAACACAAUACUCCAGAAAAGGCUGUACUCAGUGCAAGAAAGCUCAUGUUAAGUGUGAUGAACGACAACCCAGUUGUUCAAGAUGCCAAAGGAAAAAUAUCCAAUGUGUUUAUGUCUUCAAUCUAAUAAAUGAGAACUUUGGUAAUGAGCAUUUCAGAAAAACUGACGAUAUGUCCUCGGAUGACUCGAAGAACAUUCCACAAAAGAUGGACAAGAUCAACACAGAGAAUGGCUAUUCAGUAAAUAUUGAUGAUUCUAUCAUCCUAAAAAAUCCCAAUAAUGAUUAUUCUUUGUUAGAUAUUCCUAACUUUCUGCCACUACCAUUAGAUGGAGAUCAUAUCUACGAUAAGGUAGUUCUAGGUCAAGAGAAAGCAAUCUCAAAUUACCAUAUGGUUCAUAAUGAAAAUAUUCCAGGUCUGGGGAAGGCAAUAGAAUCUGAACAAACCAAAAGAAGCAAUGAUCUGGAAUCCACAAUAAUGCCCACACAAAACCAAAUAUAUCAGUACAUGCAAGACUUCCCUCGAGAAGUCCAGCUUGAUGAUUUGAUAACUAUAGAGAUGGAAGAAGUUGGUUUGCCGGAAUCCCCAAUCAAUACCCAUUCUCGCCAGUAUUCUGGAUGUUCACUCCCAAACUUAAAUGUUUUCAAUCUACCGUGGGAUUGUGGGCCUUUCGUUUACUUUAUAGAUGUGAUCAGAAAGCAUGAUCCAUUGACAUCAGACAAAAACUUAUCUAUCCAUGACCAAAAACUGAUUGAUUUUGUCUGGACUUUCACAAAACUUUCUCGAUUCUUCUACACAUUUGUAUUAUUCCCAGACGAAAAGUUGAUGUCAGUAUUAAGAUUGUGCUUUAAGCUGGGAACAAAAAACCCAAUAUUUCAAAGUAUCGUCACGUACCAUUGCUCUUUGCAUAUUUGCAGAAUCUAUUCACAGGCAAAAGAUGUGAGAAUGGCCUCUGAAUGGGAUCUGAAGGUCGGAAAAAUAUCAUUUAGGGAAUGUAUCAAUUACUUGAAAACAGGACUAGAAAACUCGACAAAAUUUGCAGAUCUAGUUACUUUGAGCUUUGCUGUUUUAAUUAUUUUUUCUGGAAAUGCAUCUGAUAAAAGUUGGAGGACACACUUAAAUGGGAAUCACCAAUUGAUACUCAAGUGUUUUUCAGUAAGGAAUACCGUAAACUUGGACAACCCUCUCGAUAGGGCUGCGUUGGAACUUUUCGAUAUUGUUGUCGAGCAGUAUAAGCAUACAUCACGCUUAGCCGUUUUGAGCUCAUUGGGAUUUCCUUCUAAAAAAAUAGAGCUUGAAAAAGACUCCUUCAGGACUAAUUUUUCCAUUGCCAAGAACGGUAUCAAUUACAUGAAUGGAUAUAAGUCCAACUUGGGCGUGAUAUUCGAAGAAGUCUGUGAUAUUGUAGAUGUUUUUGGACAAGCCGGGAUUCAUUUAUCAGGAAUGAAUUUCAUUUACCUUAUUUUAACUCGUAAAGUAGAUCCGAGAACUUUUGAAACUCUUCAUGAUAAAGGAACUAGCAUCCUAAGAAAGAUCCAGGACAUAAAGAAAAACUGCAACUAUAUCAGACUUGAGCUAGAAGACUUUAGGAUGGACCUAACAAUAAAAUACUGUGAACUAAUAUCAAUAAGUGGUUUGGAGUUGUAUGUUGCAUACUUUUUCAUUGGCACUAGAGAUAUCCGCCUGAUAAAAAAGAAAAUACAAGAGAUAGUUGAUUUGAUAUAUUCCAUGCCUUACAAAUCAUCGUGUGCAAUUAUAACGCAUUGGUCAAUUUAUAUAUCUGCGCUAAUUUGUCUUUUAAUUAAAGACAAAAAACUUUAUCAACACAUAUUUUCAGUUUUAAAGGUUUUUGAGUUGAAUGGAAUGGAUGUGCCAUCAAUUUCCAUUUUGAAUAAUGUCAAAUCAAUCCUUAAAACUAAAAACUAUAUGGAGCUCCUUGAACCAAAGAACGACUACGUAAUCUUUUGA